UUGGGGUUGGGGUGCCAAAAAGGCGAAGUGUUUGGAGGGAGAGCGGGGGACGGAGGAUCUUGUUUGUUUGGUGUAUCAUAAUAAUGCUGUUUAUCACUCUCAUGAUGAUUCCUCGCAAUUGCAAUUCUUCAAGUCCAAGUCAGCCCUUCUUCCUUCAACGCCAUUCUGGAAAGACAGACAUCUGUCAAACAUGUGGUGAUAAAGGAGAUUUGAAGCGGCUCAUAUACUGUGUACAGUGUCAAGUUUCUGCUAAUCACAGUUAUUGUAUAGGGAAGUUCCAUAAAGACGACGACGGAACAAUCAGCUGGAAAUGUGAGGAAUGCUCUCUAAAUGAUGCCAAAUGUAGAUCGACGCCAUUGAGGAGAAGUGCACGCAUAAGUCAAGCCACUGAAACUAAACAUAACGGGGUGAAAAGCGAUAGGGAGAGCCAUGAAGAAGCCUGUGUGGGCCAGUCGUGUAAGGCAGAAUCUUCCGAUGAGAAUCAAGAAUUGCCUAUUAAGAAGAGAAGACACUUGGACAUUAAAGACGAGAAGUUCUUGUAUGAGGAGUGUGAAACACCUACGAGUCCUUCAAAUAUUCCGUCGCACCAGCCGAAAUCGGACCCUGAGAAAUAUGCGGACACUAAAACUGUGAACAGUGGAUCUAUUGACGGACCUUAUCCUGAAUGUAGCAAAUAUAGCCAGGCCGAACCAGUACCUUCUCCAGCUUGGAGGGGGCAAUUGAGAAUCAACAAGGCGAUUGUCCUGGGCGUGGGCGCGCAUGUAUCAGUCAUAGCCUGCUCAAAAGUGCAUUCUACUGUGAGUGGUCUGCCCCCAGUCGUUGACGUCAAGUUGUUUUCAAGGUUUGACAUAUGGCCGCCGAGUUUUCGGAGGUCGCCUCCUAGUAACGAUAGCAUUGGUCUUUAUAUAUUUCCACAAUGUGAAAGUGACGAGAAGGUUUUUGAUGGGGUGAUGAGGGAUAUGAUCGAGCAAAAUCUUUCUCUCAGGGCAAUCAUCACACACAACGUGGAGCUCCUCAUAUUUUCUUCCCGCGUAUUACCUGAAUGCGUGGAAAGUAUUAUCUGUGGGGCGUUUUCAGGCAAAAAGGAUCAAGUGAAGAUACUGGGUGUGCAACUAGCUGAUCACACAUUGGGAAAUGAAUCUGUAUCAGGUUAGAGUGAAGUGAGCGUUAUGCCGAAUGAGAAUGACAUAUGCUGGAACAAAAGAUGCCCCACCGCAAGACACACACGCACACGUUCUCUCUUUUCUAGUGAUAGAGUGAACAGUAGAAUCCUUUACAAGAAGAGGUUGCAACUUCCCUCGCAUGCACAUGCAUGCCUUUCAAUUAUUUAUUACCAAUUUUAGUAAGAAAGACAUCAUUAACCAUGCCCUUCGUUCAUGAAUUGACAUUCUGGCUCUCAAAUUAACGUUGUACUACCAAACCUUGCCGGGUGGGAAAUAAAAAUAAGACGGUAGGAAAGGAUUGAACGAGCCUCCUCAAGAUCCAUGUUGCCAAUAACGAUCUUGAAAGAAAGUCAGAUGCAGAAGAAUGAAAACCUCCAACAAAAGCAGCGUUACCUUGCUUACUUUUAAAUGCUAUAUUCAACUUUGCUUUGCCGGGGCCGCGGAAGUCUUCUCUGAAACCACCACUCCUCUCUUCUGGCAGGAAAAAAAAAAAACAGAGAAAAAAAAGAAACAACCACUCUUUCAAAUGACUUGUCUCACAUAGCCAGGACCAUGCCACCCUGGCAGGUGUUGAACUUUCCUUUGCUGCUUCUGUGGCCUCGGCUUUUACUUUGACUCUAGAAUUCUAAUCUCCAUUUUGUCUUGAUUCUUGAAUCGACCCCGGUUGCUACCUAGAAGCACUACAAUGGCUUCCUCGAAUUCCAACACCACUUUUCUGAUUAUUAUCAAACGCCACCACUAUCUAUUUGUGUUGACUCUCAUGCCAAUUUCUCCCCCCUUCUAUAUAUUUAUUUAAUGACUUUAUGUUUCUUAAGAAAAACAUUAGCACUAUUAUCACCAAACUCCCUUUUAGAUUUUUGGUGCAAACAAUAAAUAUGUAUUCAACGUGCUAAUGGAGCGAUGCUCAUCUUCCUGCUUUAAACCCCUGAAACAAAAAUAUCAUUCAUCAUCAAAUGUAAUAGUUUAGGAGUCAUGGAAAAGUAAAAAGGGAAAAAAAAAAGGCAAUCCGGGGAAAUUAAAACUGAAAUAUCAUCAUCAUCAUAUGAAUCGCAAAUUACAAAAUUACAUAGGGAGAGAUCAAUAAUUCAAUAGAAUCCACAAACUCAGGAGUCAGUAAUAACUAAUAAUAACCGUGAUAACUGUGGACCAAAGAACCCGGCUCUGACAAAAGUCGGCGAAUGUUAGAUCCUCUGGCAGCUUCUUUGCUGCCUUUCAUGCAAUUCCAAAUUUCCAACAACCAAGCUUAUUUACCCCAAAAAUUUACUUUGAAAAAAAAAGGAGGACAAAAAAAAGGAGGACAACUCAGUCAAAGAUACUGAAGACGUCUGGUGACGGAAGCGGAGAAGCUAUGGACGUCGAAAAUAAACCCGAUGGGCUUCCCAGGAAGCUAUUCGCUGACCAGAACGGGCUCAAAUCGUGCAACCACGAGAGCGUUUCUGGAUCAGCUGCCGGUGAGAACAUAUCCGACGAUAUCCCCGGCAAAGUUCCCGGUGUCGGCGAUAAUAUGCCGUGGAACUGGCUCACUUCCACACCUUCCAAGAGAUCCAUCAUUUCAUCUCCAUUCUGAAACCUUUCUUUCUCAGACGGGCUCGUCUUCUCAAUCGACGCCAGCCUUGCUGCCGGUGAAACAUCUCCGGAUCUGGAGGAAGGGGAUGACGGGCCGGUGAGACGUUGCACGACCUUCAUGAAGUCGUCGACGGGAACGUGAAUGACCUUAGGAGAUACAGAAUAGAUGAUCACCGGCUGCGGUUGCUGCUGCCGGGAAGGCCCCGCCGCCGGAUGGUGGGGGUGCGGCGGAAGCGGCGGCUUUCGGAUCUUGUGAGAUUCUUUGCUGACGCUGAGCGGGGAGGGACGAGGGCCUUGGAGUUGGAGCUCUCUUCUGGACGGGGGAGGCGCACCUUCGCCGGCGGGAAACCCCGGCGGAUUCAUGAUGAAUGUUGGAGAUCAGAGAGGAAUCUAAUAGAACACAAAAUUGCGGAAAGAAUAACAAAAAUCGGAAAGCGGUCGAGAAGAUUGGAACAAGCUCAACACUUGCAUUUGUGACGAGUAAAGCGAUUUUAAGUUACUUGAAGUUUUUGGGUCGUGCUUUGAAUGAACGGAUUAACUAAUGGCUGCGGUAUUUGAUUGAUUUGAAUUGAACUCCAUUGCUCCAACAACAUAUUCUCACAAAAGCAACAAUCUCUUGACCAACAAGAGGAUCUAGUGAAAGCGGUUAGUGAAAUAUCAACAAUCUUUUUUUUUUCUUUUAAUAAAAAUAUCAACAAUCCUUUAAUCUCUGACGCUCGUAACAAACAACUUGAGACCCUGGGAAGCUGUCACAAGCUGGAAAUUUCAGACAGGUUGAGAAGCAACUGUUUUUAAAGCCCAAGGUAAAGGAGGCCAAACAAUGGGUAGCUAUCUCUUUAUCCAAAGUUAAUUCUCGAGUCAAAAAGUGGUGUGCUCUUGGACUUUUAUUUGGGUCCGUCCAUUUAGAAGUCCACAAGCCCAACACACACAAUUGGAUUCUAUUCAACAAAUAAAUGGACAGUUAUUUGACUCUACCAUCAUGGAAAUUUGAAUGGAUUCAUCUAGACAGGUGAUAAGUCAAAACUGGGUUUAGGGACCAAUUUGCAAGGAGAUUGGCUAUUUGCUGUACCGAGAUGCCGAGGGAGUUUAGGACCCUCAUCUUGUGCAUUAAUGUUUCGUUUUGAGUGGGCUUAGCCCCGUUUGUUACCAAAAGAAAAAAAGUUUAGUGGAUGGGGUGAAGAAGAUUGUGGCAUGAACAUGAUGGUGUGAGCAUUGUAGCUACCUCAAAAUUCUUGAGCAACAAGUGGAGGGAGUUGAGGUGACAUUUUGAGAUAUUUAUGUUUUAUUAUGGCUCCGUCCAUCAAUGCCAUCCAUAGUUACUUCCACCAUAAUUUGUUGAGGCUUUCUUCUACAGCCAAGGAAAGGACCGAAACAGACGGCUUGCCUUGCUUCUGUGUUCUGCAUUCUGCUUUGACAGCAUUGCUUAGCCUUGUAGAGUUCAGUUAUGACUUGUGACCUCAAACAGACGACUGGGGAUUCUCAGGUAAUUGUUAUAUAUUUAUUUUUGUGACAGGAAGCAGCAGAUGCGCCAAACACAAGGUCGUAAAGCUGAUCUGCGUUAUUUAUUUUUCAUGGGUAGGAAUCAUCCUCACGUCCAUCAACAAUUUUUUAAUUUCUUUCAUACUCUGUUUUCAAUGUUUCGGGUCGCUUUAGCUUCACCUCAUGAGUCUCAUGUUCUGUUCUUUAGUGAACCGAAUGUGUUUAGCUUUUGGACCUCCCUUGCAAUCAUAACCUAAUAACUAAGAUUUACUUGAGAUUUCAGGCAAAUCAAAUGUAAUGUUAACAAGUCUGAUAUAUUUGCUGUGUAAAGCCAAUUUAAAUGUUCAGGUUCUUAUUAA